CUCGAUCAAGGUAGGCGCCACCUGUAUCUCGUCCCAUCUGUGUAAAAUGCUCACAAUAUAUUGCGAGAAAGUGAAUAUUUUGUCAAACUACCCAAAAGUUAUUUUGCAUCACGGAUUUAAUCAAGACAUUUUGCAACCCUACGUACGACGAUCCAAUGAAACAGCUGGGUUACCUAAUUCAAGAAUAAUGAGGAGUGUCAGGUGCAGUGUGCAGUGGGGGGGUCUGAUCGUCCUCCUAUCCUGCUGUCUACUGUGUGUCCACUCUCAAGUGGAUCCCCAGCAGCACCCGCCGGACUUAGCGAGUGCAGCUCACGCCUCUGGUCACGGUCACCUGGACAAAAACAUGAUCCAGGACAAAGACCACAUCAUGGAGCAUUUGGAGGGAGUGAUCGACCGACCAGAGAAAGACAUGACACCCCAGGAGCUCCAGCUGCACUAUUUCAAAAUGCACGACUACGAUGGCAACAACCUGUUGGAUGGGCUGGAGCUCGCCACAGCAAUCACACAUGUACACAAAGAGGAGAGAGGGGAGAACAGCAAGACGAUGAAAGAGGAGGACCUCAUUAUUCUCAUUGACGACGUCCUAAAGGACGAUGACAAAAACAACGAUGGUUACAUAGAUUAUGCCGAGUUUGCCAAAUCUCUGGAGUAACGUGUCGCCUGGGUGUGGACAUCCUCUGUGCCCGCAACAACAUCAACAACAACAUUGUCAACAACAAGAAAUCUGUAGAUAAGUAGGCGACUGAAAAGCUGCCACCAACCAUUGUUUAAUUUUUGCUUUCCAUCUCGCAGGCGAUCAAUCAGGGUUAUUGGUCAUUUCUUUCUGAGCUUGUGAUACUUCUGUUUUAUUUUUUAUUUUUUACUCCGCAACUUAGCUGGGAGCAGAAAACAGUUAUGCUAGUCAGUUACUAAGCAACAAAAAAGGGAGAACAACUACAUUGGCUUUUGACAUUUAUUUAUGUUUUACUCUGGUGUAUGCUUACACUCACAGUGACAUUUCUGAACCUUCUGUUUUAGUAGGUUCCUUGAAACCAUGCCUUUGAAAAAAAAAUCUUAUUAUUUUUAAAUUAGGGGGCAGUUCCACCAAUAUUAAGAAGAGACACAGUCUUCUACCUAACCCUGACUCGUAAUUCUGUUUUAGUGAUCUCUCAGAGAUCUCUGCCAAAAGGCCUAUACGAUUACAAUCCUAAUAUUUUUAUUGGGAACUAGUUCUACCAGUAAAGUGGUAGCAGAGGUUUCAGUGGCGGGUACAUCGCAAAACCCGUGGCAAAACGACACCACCAAACUCUCUGCAUGGCCCUUUUCAAACAUACAUAUAGUGUGCUUUUGAAUUUACACGUAGCCCGAUAGCAUCUAAUCCGAAUGUCACUGUUUAUUUAAAUGGAGCCCAGUUUCCAUUUGAAACUGGUGAUGUGUACACACUGGAUUUAUUUACACAAUCAUCGCUGUGCUACACUCUACACGGUGGACCAAACUGUUCCCUCUGCAAAUGAUUCCCUUUCAUUUGCUGUUUUUGUUUUUUUGUCAUGAGAACCAAAAAGUGGCCUUGACUUACUUGCGUGCGUGUGGUAGAAGUUGUAUGUUUGAGGUUGCGGACAAAACAACACACCAUUGAAUGUCGCUAGCAGGUGUUUCUGGAGAUUACUACAAUUAGUCAAUCACCAUCUUCCUCACUAUGUCUGCGCUUAAAAAACAAUACCUGUCAUCACAGAGUAAAUGUGAAGCAGUGCCUCACAGCCGACUUGUGUUGACUGGAUCUGAAAGCACACUAGUUGACUCUGCUGCCACUCCAAGCUGAUGUAUGUUUGCCACUCAUCAUUACCUUUUUUAUUUUUCAAAAUGGAUAAAACGUGUCUGGUCUCUUAUGUGUUUGUUGAAUUCAUGUCUUUGGGAUGGAUUGAUGGGAUCCAUAUUUUUGCCAUCCAGUGUUGAUUCUUUAAUCAGUUCACGUUGUUGAUUAUUUAUAUAUAUAUAUAAUAUAUAUAUUAAACAAAACUGAAAGCACAACGAAUGCAACUGCAUUGUUUCUGGAAUGUGAAAUAUUAAAAACUAUUCUACAGA